AGUGCCUUCUUCCUCCUUGUGUCUGCCCUCUUCUGCAGAACAGACAUCUACCGCUUCUACUCUUGCCUUGGCUGUCAGCUGUGUCUCCCACAAGAUUUGUAUCUGGGCCAUUACUAUUCUCUUGGGAGUAGUUAAGCCAGCAGAGACUGAGAAAACUCACUAAGCUCUGAGACUCUCAACUGUCUAUUUCAGACCGAUACAGACCAUGUUCCUCCUGCCGCUGAUGCUGAGCCUGGGCUGGCAGCUUCAUCAGAUAGCAGCAGGAUUUCAAGAGCUCGGCUUAAUGUUUGGCUGUGGGUCUGCAUCCGUUCCCAUCAGUUUGUGGAUGGAGGCUCUGUGAUGACAACUGGGAUAGUCACCAAUCUGAUCACAGGCAAUGGCCAGUUCAGGCUACAUAUCCGCUAUUGUUAGCAGUCUUGGAUGGGUCAUCCUCGUAGCUUUAUUCACGGUGACGGUCCCUAAGGAAGUGUACACGGUAGAGUUUGGCAGCAACGUGAGCCUGGAGUGUGAUUUCGACCACAGGGAAUGCACAGAACUCGAAGAAAUAGAAGUCAAUUUGCAGAAGAUAGAAAACGAUACCGCUUUUCCGAGUGAGAGAGCCACCCUCCUGGAGGAGGUGCUGCCCCUGGGGAAGGCCUUGUUCCACAUCCCCCAUGUCCAAGUGAGGGACGCAGGACAGUACCGCUGUCUGGUCAUCUGCGGGGCCGCCUGGGACUACAAGUACCUGACAGUGAAAGUCAAAGCUUCUUACAAGAAGAUAGACACUCGGAUCCUAGAGGUCCCAGGGACAGACGAGGUACAACUCACCUGCCAGGCUAGGGGUUACCCCUUGGCAGAAGUGUCCUGGCAAAACGUCAGUGUUCCUGCCAACACCAGCCACAUCAGGACCCCUGAAGACCUGUACCAGGUCACCAGUGUUCUGCACUUAAAGCCACAGCCUGGCAGAAACUUCAGCUGCAUGUUCUGGAAUGCUCCCAUGCAAGAGCUUACUUCAGCCAUCAUUGGUCCUCUGGGUUGGACUGAGCCCGAGGCCCCCAGCACAACGGCACUGCGUGUUUUCAUUCCGUCCUUCAUGGUCGCUCUAAUCUUCAUAGCCGCGGCCGUAGCCCUGAGCCUGAAGCUCUGCGGAAAGCUGCGUUCUAGACAUCGCUGGAUCUUAUGGAUGCAUUUUCCCAGAUCUGAACCUGUGGCCUUGAAGGUUGGGAUCAUCUGAUUGGGACACCUUUUAGAGGCUCUGGACUCUGAGUGAAGGUGCCUUGGCCUGAAGAACCUGCCCUUUGCACUUUUCAAAUGCUGUGGACGAUGACCCGGCACUGCCAUCAGGAGUGUGCAA